AGUUCAGAUGAGUCGCGCGACAAUGCCGACUUCUCGCCUAACGCAGGGAAGGGGAACUUCUGGCUAACCGCCCAUGGCCAGUGUCCGGCCCACAAUUGGAUUUCAUCCACCCCAUGGCCACAUGAAGCUCACCACAUUGCAACGUUUGUAUGUAUGCUGAACUUCUUUCGCACGGUACGUAGCUAACCGUGCUAAUCAGAUGUGUGGGGGAAUGACAAUAAACUAAACACAAAGCAGUUCUAAAGUUUUCAUCCUAGAUGUAAAAGUGCAUAGCGCCAGUGGUUUCCUAAUAUCGGAAAGAAGAGCAUUCCAGACGGCCGCAGAAGCGCAUCUGAAAGCGCACAAUGCAUUUGACCAUGUUUGUUCAAUGGUUAGCCAAAAGCCGCUGCUGCAAGGCUGACCGGCCUACAGACAUACUUUUAUCUGUCACUGCAAGCGUCAUGACCACAGUAAUUGAGUACUGGAGUGGAGUUUAUUUUUUCCAGGCAUAGAUGCGUUUCAAAUUUGUGGAUCUUGCUGCAAGGUGGUCUAUUGUAAUGACAGAAGUGUGUGUUAAUGUGCGGUUGCCCACCAAAGGUUUUUAAAAGUCCUAUUCGGCCCGUUGCAAGGAAAAGGUUCCCCAUCCAUGACUUCCCGGUCUGGAACGCUUAACGGAAUGGAGGCAGGAUUUGAGCGCAUGCAAUGCUAUCACACAGCUCGCCAGUCUCCAAGUCGGCGCACAAGCGGUUUCGUUUAUGCAUCGGGUGCUAGUGUGUGUGAAAUUGGCCAUAGGUCGCUGGUCUCUAUACUGACAGGGCCACGUCCUCUUCCACUACUGGCAAACUAAUGCACAUUUGCAGGCCGGUGCUGCAUUCAUCUGAUGCCUCUGCAUCAGAAGAUCAGCUGCUGCCACGGGGUCCCCCUUGGUGAGCCUGCAGCAGGGCAUCGGAAAGGUUGAGACAAUAUGUGAUGCAUGGUGCUACGAGUUACCGAGGCAUUUAAGCGAACGCCCGUGUACAGGAUAAUCCUUAUUGCGCUGUGACUGCUGCUGCCAACGUAGACGUAUUCUUUCCUUUGUGGCAGGUGGCGCCCCCUAACUGUGACGUGACGCGCGCGCAUAUUUAUGAUACUGGGCUGGCGUGAAAUAUUUUUCGAAUUUUGCAACAUGGGUGACCAGGGUAAGCAUACGGGUGCAUUGGGGUAACUUGUAAAUAUACACACGCACACACAUGCUCUUUGGCCUCUAGGGUUGUGUAAGUAGCCCUUGGGGCCAUCUGUACAUUGCAUAGUGUAACUUGCAAGCCAAUGCGAAUUAGAAAAUUGUGUUGCAAUUAAGUGUAGUUUGGUACUGCCCCGCCACCAUUCAUUGACACCUACUGUAUGUAUUCAAUUGCAAGGUUGCACAUUAUGCUGUCCCACUUUACCAAACGCCAGUCCUCGCACCCCACCCACCGCAUUUCCUUGUUUACCAUUCGCCAUUCAAUUUCGGAUUGCGGCGGUGCUGUUUUGGCAGUGGUGCUAAAUUACGAAUGAUAAAUGGAACACGUUCGUCAAUAACAAAGCCUUAAUAAGGAAACAUAAUAGGUGACGUUUCGGGCAAUGAUCCUUCAUAGCACACAUGUACAGAUUUUUGCUACAUGCUGAAUGUGUCUGACUGGUAAACACAUCCCACAUGACGACAUUUGGAGCGCCGAUUCAAUAGAGGAUGUGGCAUUGCUCUUGGCAGCACAUGAGACACGUUUACACUCGCACAAGGUCCUCUAUUUUUAUUUGAAUUUGAGCUCUACGUUACAUUGGACACACACAAGAUCCUCUCUGUCAAUUGGCACAUAACAAAAAAGCCUCAACCGCCAUGCUUCAUUCUUCACCGAGCUGUGUUGACAUCUAAACUGUGCUUAUGCCAUGGGAGGUGCAGGGUACUUGUGCCAGGCAAGGUAGAAGGAUACGGGACAGGCCCACGUGUUUAUUAUGGGUUGUCCGAGGUAGCUGGCAAAUGCCUCGUGGGACCUACAUGUGGUACACGCACGUACAAACGUGCACUGGAUUUCAAUUUGAACAUUUAUCCACUGUUCUCUACGCACAAGUUCUCUUAAAUUGAAUCUGCUUUGUCACAUGGGCCUUGUUUACCAGUCAUCAGGCGUGUGUGGCACGUAUGACUUUGUUUUGUACGUGAAUGGAGAUUAGUAAAUUGUUUUAAAGGCACUCCAUAUAUGGGGCAAGAGAGCUGGAGAAUGGUAGAGCCUGUAUGAGUAUCUGAUGCUCGGGAUGACACUCGCAGUUCUGACUGUUGCCGAGUGAUUUUUAUUGAGCAACUUCUCCAAACGAUCGGCGCUUCUCUGGUGAUCGUGCGAGCCGCCGCUUUAUACGGAGGCUGCUCUUCUUAGUCGCUCGGCUCAAGCCUGGCUCCCACCUGGCUCAGACUACCACAUGGCUCUGGCACCCACAUGGCUCCUGCUCGAGCCGCUUGGUUGCAUACAAAGACUCGGAGUGGCUCGGCCAUGGCUUGACUCAGCUUCUGGAAACCCUGAGCAUGGCUGGGGUGGGAGGGCACUGUGCUUGGAGCCAGUUCAAGUGAAACAUCACUUUGGGCUGGCUCGCCUUGAGCCAAGCCUCAGCGAGCGAUUAAUAAGAAUACCGGCCUGGGGUUUUGUUGUUGCACUUUUCGCGAUUCUCAUUUCACAAACGCAUUUGUAAGGACACGUCCCUCAAGUGUUUUAAAAAUAUAUAUAUCUUUAAAUCUGAUUUGCAAAUCGUGAAAACGUAAUUCGGUAACCGAAUCCUGGAAGAGGCGCAUGGUGAACACGGACGCAACGAACACUUCCUCUCGUGGUCCAAAGGAACGGCAUUGUACAAGGACGUGAUUGAGCUGUCCCGAGGUGCAUGGAUUCAAGUAAAGUGCACAUGCGUCAUCGAUUGUGUGAGCGGGGUGUAGCGACGCAUUGAUUCAUAGAUUUAAUGUCGAUCGUUCAGAUCUCGAUAGUGCUUAGAAUCGCGCGCGUGCACCAGUCAACGUUAUACUAUUUCCUCGUUAUUCGCGAGGGAUACGUUCCGGAGAUGCUCAUGAUUCGCAAAUUUCGCUGUUAAUUUUGACCUACAUAAAUACAUAAAUAAGCUAUUCAAUACGUGAAAAGUAUAACAAAAAAUGUAAUUGGUUAUAAUAAACAAAUAAAAUAAAUAUUGAGGUAUUAAAUAGUUUAUAAAUGCAUUUACUUCAAAUUAUGAUAAUGCUGUGCAUCACUUUAUCUCAUCAAUUUCUCAUAUUCUCUCAUCUCUUUCUCUCCAUGCAGCAGUCGUGUAGAGUUCCAGAUGCAAUUUGCGGAUAACCAAAAUAGCGGCUGUCAAGUUCGUGAACAACGAGAGAAUGCUGUACGAUUGAUGUGCGUUGCUUUGCAAUUGGUGUUCUUGACCCCUGUUACCGCUAAGAGAGCCGCUCCAUUCACAACGUUCCAACGAAAUUCCGUUACGCCCAUUGGUAAAAUUACUGCAUUGUAGAUGUCAAUGAAAGACCCAAAAAGAUAAGCUUUUGCUAUGCACGGCAUCUCACAGGUUUUGAUGUUUUUCUUUUUUUAAUGCGUGUCAACAAUGUAUUAAAAGUGUUGGUGAUUUUAAGUAGGCGGUGAGAGAUCCCGUGAUCGCCCUUCACUGCCCUUGACUUCAAUUAAAGUUUCUCAACAUUGCAAAUGCCUCCAUAAAUAUGUUGCUCCUUAUUUAAAACACAUUCCUGCGGAGGGAGCUGGUAGGAACGUUGGGUUGCUCGGUCAAUGGUCAGGGUCAACGGCGGCGUGGUGUAUUCCGCAAAUAUGGCCGACUGAGGGCGGGUACAAGCCCGCGUGAGUAGGUUAAACGUUGAGUUUUAUAAGGACACCACGGGGUGACCAGCCCCUCUCCACCCAUUUUUGGGUGCACAACGGACGGACGGACACAAUAAUCCCCUGUGGGCUGGUGGAACCAGGUGGUUCCUACCAGUAUUAUACAGGAUACUACGUUCAUGCACGAGUAGUGGUGCUGUGAUCAGCAUGCCUACGCUAUUAACCCGGCAAUUUUAGCUCAAUUUACAACCACGGCUAACAUCUGUGGCGAGAGAUUUCUGAACUGGUCCUGAGCACUCACACCUUAAUGAAGGGUUUACACACGUGUUCGGAGGAACCUUGCUGAGAAGCGCUGUAUAAGGUAUUAAAAUUGGUUUGUGUUCACCGUUGUGGUGCUGGGUAUGUGCUCCAUUUGACCGUUUAAUGUCGGCCAUACCGCCAACCCGGCCGGUGCGGUGAGCAGAGAGUGCAAUACAAAUAACCUCAUGUAUUUACAAAGUACUUGCAUGGCCAUGGCUGUAUGUAAUGCAUUUUUGUGAUUUCAGCAGUUGUACAUGGCUUGAGUCGUAUAAAUAUGACAAACCAAGGGAAUAGUUUGUAUUUGCUGAACAGGAGUAAAAAUAGGAUUUUCAGCCAGCUGUGCUUAGGAAAGUCCACUAUUCAGAACAAGCGUUAUUUUAAUAUAUGUUUUUCUCAACGUUCCAACUCGGAUCCAAUGAAAUGAGGAUGUGGCUCUUUUGUUAUUUUGUUUUGUCACCUAUACUAUGUAAUAAUUACUGGUGCUGUUUUAUGUGAGUGGGUGGUUUUAUUUUCUUCGAAGCAAUCUGUGUGUCGGCGAGAAUGUGGUGGUGAAGAUGAGAUUUAUUUUAAUCUUUUUGCGACAACCCCUCAAUUUUCCAUAGCAGAGUUUACCGUAACGCUUCGGAUUCCACAUCUAUUAUUACAACAAAAAAUACCGCGGGCUUCUUCGCUAAGUCACUCUCCGUUCAAUUUAAAGGAAAUGAAAACAAUUGUCAUCGUCUCUCUUGCACUUUCAGCUGCAUGUGCUGCUGUUGGUCUUGCGUGUUCUUGGUCGUAAGUGGCGCAGGGGUUCUGCUGCUACCGCUGUUUGCCCUGUGAUUGCACGCACUGUUUGGCUCAAGCCCCAAGGGCCUCCCCAUUCAAACAAAAGCCGGGCAUACUGGCUUUAGAGUUCCAGAGUGAAAAGCUGGGGGGGGGGGGGAUUAUCCACCGCGUAUCCCAGGGCCACCACGCUGUAAAUAUUUGCAUUUCAAUACCUGGUAACGCGGGCAGGCGGGCCACAGAGUUGAGGAACUCCGCCAUCGUUGCCGUCGCCUUUUUUGCGAUCGGCGCGUCCCCUGUUCCAUCGCUAACUUUAGACUAAAAGCAUCGCUUUGCUUUGUUUCGAAGUUGUUGCACGCUAUUCCGUGCGUGGCUUACGCGGUGCUGUUAACGCCAUGCGGAGUUUGUGUUCCAAAGUUUGACCUUGGUUUUCGUGGAUGAAAAGGGACCCAUCAUGGCAGCGGCGUAUUACUACAGGCCACACACAGCUCCUUUGCGGGAGAGCCCGGAUUUGCCGCCGCACGACGCACUCAGCCGAAUUUUGCCAGAGUACGAGCAUCUCUUCCGGGCCCACGGGAACCCUGUGCCAGCGCCGGUAGUACCGGCGGCACCGACGGGGUCCAAGAGCCAGGGCGGCUCGACCGCACGGCACACUCUUCCGCCACAGCCAACCAGCACAGCUGAGAGGAUGGAUCCCCACAGCUCCGUCGUCCUGGACUACCAAACCAAGGAGCUGGACAGCUACCGCUCGGUGCUGCGCAAGAUGGCCGACGACAUCCUGGCGUUGCGGCGUGAGGUGGGGCGCCUGGAGAGCGAGAACAGCCGCCUGCGCAGCGAGCUGAGCAUGCACCGCGAGACCGGGCGCGCCCUGCUCGCUGACGCCGACCUCGACGUCAUGACCAAGAGCGAGCUCGCCGACCGGCUUGUGUCCCUGAAGCAGAAGGUGGCGAUGGACACACGGGACAUGAAGGGCUACAAGGACAAGGUGCAGCAGCUGCAGAAUGAGCUCAUCAGGAAGAACGAGCGAGAGCAUGAGCUGCUGCAGCUGCGCCGCGUUCACCAACAGCAGCAGGCGGCGCUCCACAAGUGUCAGGAGCGAGCGGCACGGGUCAAGCGCCUGGAGGAGACUAUACGACAGCAGGAGAAGGUCAUGGAGAAGAUGGAACGGCUGCUGGAGAGGCAGGCCAGGCAGAAGGCGACCAAGCGAUCAGAGUCGGACACUCCGACCAAAGAUGGAGACCUCCUCAAGGACGUGGAGCUGGUGCUGGGGGUGGAGAACGCACGUCUGAGGAUGGAGCUCGAGAGGUUGAGGGCGCAACCUCACCCCCACACCCAGCAAAGGCCCCCACAGGACGAGUUCUCGGUUGCCGAGAAGAUGGCGUUGCUCGCCAAGGUCGAGAGGGCAGAGGGCCGCGUCCAACAGCUAGAAGAAGAGCUGAAGGUGAAAGCCAAGAAGUGGGGGCGUGAGCGGCAGGACUAUGUGAUGCGUUUGACGGAGCGCUCGCACGGCUUCACGAGGACGUCCACCGACAUCCUGCAUGGCUUUCCCGUCGCGGGAUCUUUGCUGCGGCAGGAGAUGGGCCGGCGCUACGGACAGCUGGAGCCACUGGUGUGAUGCUGGCGAGAUGCCGAUGAGACGCCUAUGUGGUGUUGGUAUGACACCAGUGAUGUCAGUGUGAUGCAGUGAUGCCAUUGAGACACUGGUGAGGCACUGGUAUCACGCCGGUCUGAAGCUGUAUAGACGCUGGUGCGACGACUAUGUGACGCUGGAGUGAUGCUGGCAAGACGCUCGUGUAAUGCUGAGUGACGCGGCACCGCGAUCGAAAGACCCCGUCGCGACACAUCAGUAACGAGGGAGGGCGAAUUUCACCACUUUUGCAUGACUUUCGUUAUUGCUGGUGUUUUUACGCUAUUCACGUGCAUUGUUAAUUACCAUUUAUAGCCCUCAUAAACCCACUGCUGGACGAAGGCCUCCACAUUCCGUGUCGGUCAUGAGGGCCAUUUGCUCAUUUCACCAGGCUGGUCAGUCCGGGUUAAUGAGGGCCCCAACCGGUUCAGAUUUCACACACCACUGAUGUUAACCAUGGCUGGGACUCAAACUCAGGUGCCUCUUGUUGAAUAUAAAUAUUUCAUGGCAAGAU